UCUUUUAGUUACACGUUUGCUUUAUUCCUGUUUAUAAAAAGACUCUGUGCACCAUUAUUCAUUUUAUAUGGCAGCUGUACUCUUUAUUUUGCUAUAAACCAUCUGUUUUUAUUUCAGGGCCCUAUUGGACGACCUGGUCUUCCGGGAGACAAAGGAGGUCUUGGAAUACCUGGACGUAUGGGAAUAAAAGGUCACCCCGGAGAAAAGGGAUCUCCAGGAGAACCGGGCAUGUCUAUUAUAGGACCCCGUGGCCCUCCUGGACAGCCUGGAACGCGCGGUUUUCCUGGGUUUCCCGGACCCAUAGGAUUAGACGGCAAGCCAGGGCAUCCUGGUCAGAAAGGGGAUAAAGGUGAGCAGGGUCUGCCUGGUCUGAUAGGACCACCAGGACCUGCAGGACUCAAAGGGGAAAAAGGUCACUGUGGAGAGUACUCACACAGGGAUAAUUUAAGCACCACUUUUGCUGCGCUACGAUCCAAUCAGAUCCUUGUUCUGAAGCUGCUGCCUCUUCUUAAUGCAGUGCGGGUGGCGCAGCCACCGGUCAUAAAAAGACGCAUCUACCAGGGUGAACAGGGACAGGCAGGACUCCAAGGCCCUCCAGGGCUGCCUGGUCCACCGGGGCCCCCAGGAGCUACAGGACCGCCAGGAGAUCCCGGAUUGCCUGGUGUUGUUGGGCCACCUGGCAAAGCCGGGGAUCCGGGAAAACCCGGCAAAGAAGGGAAAGGUUUACCUGGACCUCCAGGCCAAAAGGGAGAGACAGGCGCUUCGGGAAUGCCUGGGAGAAAGGGGGAUAUGGGUGACCCUGGGGUGCCAGGCGCAGCUGGGCUUCCAGGAUUGCUGGGUGCACAGGGAGAAAAGGGAGAAGCUGGACUGAAGGGAGAAAGAGGUAUGCCCGGGAUGCCUGGAAAACAUGGAGCUAAGGGUGAACCAGGAAUCCAUGGGACAAAGGGUGAAAAGGGAGAUACUGGCAAUGCACUUGGUGGAGUUAAAGGGGAACCUGGAAAUCCAGGCGCACCAGGGCUUCCAGGACCAAAGGGAGAAACUGGUGUAGGACAACCAGGAAUUCCAGGAAAGCCAGGAGAAAAGGGAGCUACCGGAGCUAAAGGAGAUCAAGGCUCCCUGGGACUACGAGGUCCUAAGGGGGAGCCAGGAACACCGGAUUUGAUAGAAUACAACGGGAAUCUCAACGAGGCUCUGCAGGAAAUUCGAACAUUGGCUCUGGGACCUCCUGGCCCCCCAGGACUUCCAGGUUUACCAGGACAGAAGGGUGAAAUAGGAUUGCCCGGCCCACCUGGCCAUGAUGGGGAUAAGGGCCCCCGGGGAAAAGCAGGUGAAGCUGGACCUCCUGGACCUGCAGGUGCCCCAGGAAAUGAUGGACUUCCAGGACCAAAGGGAGACACUGGCCCCAGGGGGACACAAGGAACAAAAGGAGACAAGGGAGAGACAGGGCUGUCAGGAUCACCGGGUCUUGAUGGCCCCACUGGAGAAAAAGGAGAACAGGGAGACCAAGGCGUUCCCGGACCCCCAGGACUUCCUGGUCCGAUUGGGCUUCCGGGACUUACAGGGGAUAAGGGAGACCCAGGAGUAAAGGGAGACCCUGGGAAUGCAGUAUUGGGGCCAUCUGGGCCACCUGGCGUUCCUGGGCCUGUGGGUCCUCCAGGGCUGCCUGGGCCAAAGGGAGAGGUUGGAGAGGGCGUAAAGGGAGACAAAGGAGACAAAGGGCCCUUGGGUUUGCCAGGCGCUUCAGGUUUAGACGGCAGAACUGGCCCACCGGGGACCCCAGGACCAACUGGUGUUCCAGGGCCAGCAGGACCAAAAGGGGAAAGGGGUAAUAAAGGAGAACCGGGAGUUGCAGGACCAAUUGGACAAACAGGUCUCCCAGGUUUGCACGGACCACCUGGUGAUAAAGGAGGCCGGGGACAACGAGGUUUUAAAGGAGAAAAGGGUGAUCCAGGGUCACCAGGGUUGAACGGGCUGGAUGCCCUGUGCCCAUUGGGAGAAGAUGGUUUGCCAAUACAGGGAUGCUGGAAUAAGUGAUCAUUCUAACCUGGAAUUGCCCUUUGUGUCUGUACAUAAAAUAUUUAUUUUUAUACAGUGUUCAGUAUAAAUACAAAUGAGCAAACUUUAUACAUUUUUGUACAUAAAUUAAUACAUAAAGAUGCGUUGUCUUCUUUUAAUGGGCCAUUUUGUUUACUGUUUUUGUCUUUGCUUUUCUAAUAUUUGUGAAAAAAAUGCUGCUGUAUUUGCAUGAUAUUUGUGCACAGUUAUUAUAUAACGCUUUUUAAGUUAUUGUACUUUGGUGCCAAAAAGUUCAUCAGAGAAGAAUUUGCCUAUUUCCUGAGUAUGAUGUUUAAUUAAUAAAAUACAUUUUUUCCACACUA